CAGUGAGCCUAUAAAAAGGUGAGAGCCACUGUGGGAGAACACGGUGGAACCUUUAUCACUUCAGGUGUUUGUGUCUGCAACAACCAUGAAGGCCGUAGCUCUCGUCCUUGCCCUGGCAGUCAUCACCGGCUGCAGCGCCCGUGUGGUUCGCCAGGCCGAUGCCACCCCGAAGAGCUGGGAGGAGGGCGUGGAACGCUUCUGGCAGCACAUCGCCCAGCUCAACCAGAAGGCCGAUGGCGUGAUGCAGACCAUCAAGACCUCUCAGCUCAACAGAGAGCUCGACACCUUGAUCACCGACACUAUGGCCGAGCUGACGGCGUACAAGGACAACAUCCAGGCCAAGCUGAGCCCCUUCGCCACCGCCUCCACAGGUCAGCUGACCACUGACCUGCAGCUGCUGGGCAACAGGCUGCAGAAGGACAUGUUGGACGCCAAGGAGCGCAGCACCGAGUACCUGGGCGAGCUCAGGUCCAUGGUGGAGCAGAACACCGGCGACGUGCACAACCGCAUCGGCGCCUACACCAACAAGCUGAAGAAACGCCUCAGCAAGGACACCGAAGACAUCCAGAACAUCGUGGCCACCUACCUGGGCGAGAUCCAGUCUCGCACCUCCCAGAACCUGGACAACGUGAGGCAGGGCCUGGAGCCCUACGUCCAGCAGGCCAGCGACACCACCAACCAGAAGCUGAGCGACAUCUCCACCCUGCUGCAGAGCCAGGCCACGGGUCUGGGCCGGCAGCUGGAGAGCCAGGCCGAGGGUCUCAGGACCCAGCUGGAGGCCACCGCCGAAGAGCUGCGCACCUCCCUGGAGGGGAAGAUCGACGAGCUGACCGAGAUCUUCGCCCCGCUCGCCACUCAGAUCCGCGACAAGUUCGACACCGUGAUCGAGAAGGUCACCGCCGACAUGUGAAAAAAGGAGACUUUGAGAGGGUCUGUGAUGUCCCUGGAGGGGAGGAAGUUGAGAGUUACUGAUCUUCACUUACAGCCUUGCUUGUCUUUACACAUCACAUUUUAAACAUGUUGUAAAAAAAACAUGAACCCAGUGGGCCUUACCCACCAUCAAUGCACACAAAAUGCAAGUCGUUCAUUUCAAUAAACACUUUUUAAACGCGUCGGCGCUCCUGAGUCACGGACGAGCCGCAGUCAUCGGCCACUAUUUGCGUGUUUCGCUAAUACUAUCUUGUCGCUUUGUCCGCCUCGCUGCUCUCUGAGGCGAGUGAAUAAAGAAGCCAGGAAACAACAA